GCAGGCGCAGCAAGGUUGCGGCGCUGCUCCUCCGCGCGGUUUGCGCUCAGCGCAUGCGGGAAGCCCAGCGCCCCGGCCCGCGCAGGAGGCGGCGGAGCGAUGGCGGCGAAGCAGGGGCUUGCGUGCCUGGCGCUGCUCUGUCUUUUUGCGUCGCCGCUGCCCGAUGGUGCCCGCGGCUCGGAGGCGGUGGGGACAGCAGAGUCGUCGGGCGGCGGCGGCGGCCCAGGGGAGCGGUUUAAGAUCGAGGGCCGGGCUGUGGUGCCCGGGGUGAAGCCGCAGGACUGGAUCUCGGGGGCCCGGGUGCUGGUGGACGGGGAGGAGCACGUCGGCUUCCUGAAGACAGAUGGAAGUUUUGUGGUUCAUGACGUACCUUCAGGAUCUUACGUAGUGGAAGUUAUAUCCCCAGCUCAUAAAUUUGAGCCUGUGCGAGUUGACAUAACUUCAAAAGGCAAAAUGAGAGCAAGAUACGUGAAUUACAUCAAACCCUCUGAAGUUGUCAGGCUGCCAUACCCCCUCCAGAUGAAAUCUUCCGGACCUCCUUCAUACUUCAUAAAGAGAGAAUCUUGGGGAUGGACGGAUUUCCUCAUGAACCCUAUGGUGAUGAUGAUGGUUCUUCCAUUACUGAUAUUUGUGCUGUUGCCUAAAGUUGUCAACACCAGUGAUCCUGAUAUGAGACGGGAAAUGGAGCAGUCAAUGAACAUGCUGAAUUCCAACCAUGAGCUGCCAGAUGUCUCUGAAUUCAUGACAAGACUUUUCUCUUCAAAAUCUUCCAGCAAGUCUGGUAGUAGCAGCAGUAAAGCAGGGAAAAGUAGUUCUGGAAAAAGGAGGUAGUUAAAGUCUUCAUCCUGAGCCUGAGUUUGCACAACUGUUUGUUAUGUGGUACCAUGUUUAUUUGUGUUGAAAGAUCAAAACUCCACUACUGUAAACUUUAAUCAGGCACACAGUAUGGUAUGCUACAACUGUGGUGCAUAGCUUUUUUUGUCAAUAUAAGCUGUUUUGUACUUGACAGUAAACAAGAGGAUAUGGCUUCAAUACUGUAUCUGUAUAAAGUUAUUGGUGACACUGAAUUAAUUAUAUUGUUCUGUAGAGAAUUAUUAUAAAUUAUAUGAUGUACUAAACAGUAAUAAAUGUCUUAAUCAUAAGACAAUGU